CGCACUCUCACCCUCACCUGAACCCUCAUCCUCCCGACUCCUCUUCCUCCUCCUUCUGCAGCAUCUUCAUCUGCAUCGCGACUCUCCGCACCGCCAUCAAUCCAUUGAUACUGUGCACUGCCGCACCGCACCGCACCGCACCGCACCGCACUGCAACCGAAAAGAUUCCAUCGAACCGUCAACCCAUCUUCCCAUCCACCCACGCACCCAUCACCAUGUUCCGCUCCACCCUCCUCGUUGCCGUGACGGCCCUGGCUGCCGUUGCCAACGCGCAAAACUACUCGACUUCGGGCAAUCUCAGCAUCGAUGCGACCCAGAUCCAACCCGCACUGAGGCAGUCAUGGUGCCGUGGCCAGAUGAUUGCCUGCCCCCAGAUCUGCGGUGGUCGCGCCUCGUCAAACACGUGCGAUUCGGAAAACUUGACGUACAACUGCGUCUGCCCUGACAACGAGCCCCGCAACAUCUCCGACUACACUCAGACUCUGCCCUUCUUCAUCUGCGAGCAAUGGAAGACCAACUGCGUCGCCAGCCACCCUGACGACCUCGAUGGGCAGGCUGGAUGCCAGUCGGUGACGUGCGGUUCGAUGAAUGCCACCGAGGCGGAGUCCAGCAACGGUGGUGGCUCUUCUACUACAUCUGCCGCUGCAAGCAUGACCUCGAGCCCGAGUGGCACGAGCGGCGCUGGCGGCGCGAGCGGUGCUUCGAUGACUUCUGCUACUUCCACGCCUACUCCCACCGAGUCGGGUUCCGCAGCUGCCCUGAGCAUUGCUCAGAACUACGGCACUGGCCUCUUUGCUCUCUUGGGCAUGGCCGUGUUUGGUAUCGCCAUGUAAGAGCUGCUUGCACGCAUUUGGAGUUUUGGUCUGUUCAGGAGCGAAGCGGCAUAGCUAUUUCCCACGGCUGUAUCAUUUUCCGGGAAGGAUGCAUUGCAGUGACGAAGACAUUAACGGGCCAUGAGUUAUGGAUGAGCGCUUGAGUAAUUGUAAUAAUCGAAAGUACACUGAGAGGCUCAACCACGGUUGUUUGAGUACCACCAUUGCCCACUCCCACGGCUCCAUCUACCACACCAUCUAUCACAUACAGG